AUGUCAGACAAGUCAAUGGCGACGAGCUGGAAUCGAAGGCACGACGAGGAUCACGGCUGCCUGAGCCUGACGCCUCACCUGGUCCGCGACGCCGUCGAGCAGCUGGAGAAGCUGCGGGCCCGGGUCUCGCUGCAGCUCAUGGCCGAGCACUUUCAGCGCAACAUGCCGGUGACGCGCGACACCAAGGCCCUGAUCGAGGAGCUGCGCGUCGAGGCUGACAAGGCCGUGAAGCGCGGCUGGCUGAGGAAGUUCGCCGACGGCGCUUACUCCCUAUCGAAUCUCAAGUGGCAGGCGAGCGUCGACGAGUACGGCUACGACAAUCUCUAAAGUCCGUCGUCGUCGCCGUGCGAAUGCAAUUACCGAGCAAAGCAACAGGUGUACCAUUAUAUGCAUAUGUAGGCAGCCAACUAAAAAUAUAAUUUGACCAAAUUGGAGCAGUUGCUGCUACUGUGUUGCCGACAUUAUUCGGGCAGGGGUGAAUCGCGACGAUCGCCACGAGGGAAAACGAGCAGUCGUGCGCGCCUUCCGAAAUCCAGGUCA